GUGAUGGUGGAAAGUUUUCAGUUGGUUUUGACAUCAAUGUUUUCGCUGAAGUUCACAAGACUGGGGACGUGUCUAUUUUGCCUGAUGAAUCAAUUGAUUUGCUUGUUAACACUAUUGAAGAUGCUAAAAAGCCUUCUGUUGCGGCCAUUCAAGGACUUGCACUUGGAGGUGGUUUGGAGUUGACAAUGAGUUGUCAUGCUCGAAUAUCCACUCCAGAUGCUCGGUUUGGAUUGCCGGAGCUGACUCUUGGUAUUAUUCCUGGCUUUGGAGGCACCCAGCGUCUUCCUAGGCUUGUGGGGCUGUCGAAGGCUAUAGAAAUGAUGUUGCUAUCGAAGUCCAUAAGUGCUGAAGAAGGAAUGAAGUAUGGCCUUAUUGAUGCUAUCACUUCUCCUGAGAAUUUGUUGAACGUUUCAAGACGUUGGGCAUUAGAAAUUGCUGAAAGGAGCAAACCUUGGAUUAACUCACUUAAGCGGACCGAUAAACUUGCCUCUCUUUCUGAAGCACGUGAGAUGCUGUAUUCUUCUCGACAACAGGCUAAGAAGACCGCUCCAAACAUGCCACAGAAUCAAGUCUGCCUCGAUGCAAUUGAGGAGGGCAUAAUUUUUGGGGGAUAUGCAGGUGUCUUGAAAGAGGCGAGACUUUUUAAGGAGAUAAUAUUGACAACAACUUCAAGAAGUCUUAUCCAUGCCUUUUUCGCGGAACGUGCAACUUCCAAG